AUGAAGACCCAUCUCUACCUUCUUUUGCUGGCUGCAGGCGUCUCUGCUGCUCCCCAGAUGAGCAGCAUGGCUGAAUUACUGACACUGUUACAGCAAAUGUGCGAGUCCGUGACAAAGGACAUUCGGAUGAUUCUUGAAAGGCUUAAUGGAUACAUUAUUUUUCAGAAUCUGAGGAUUGAAACUCCAGACAAUAUAGAUGAUGUGAAUUGUGUCAGCACAAUCUUUGAAGGAACAGAACAGCUGAAAACUAAUCCAGCUAUGAAAAAAUUCAGCGUUUUUUUCCAAAAAUUUGAAAGACUGAAGCAAUCACUCUCACCAAGUCCGGCAAAAGAGGGGAAAUGUGAUACAGAAAGAAAGAAUGCAACAAUAUUCAUGGAAAAGCUGAUGACAUUCAUCCGAAAAGCAUCCAAAAACGCAAGAGCAUAG